UUGGUUUUGGGUGAGACUUUGUGUUGCCAUGCUGUUUCUAAUAAAGUGAGCGGAGUGGAAGUGAAUGCAGAAGUUUUUGGUAUCACAUACACACCAGCUUCUCCGCCUCCUCUCCAGCCCCACCCGAGUGUGGCAAUGACUUCUCCUGCUGCUGCUGCUGCCGCCACUGCCGCUUCUCUCAAGUCUCAACCUGAAGGAAACUUCAUGAAGCGACUUUGAGAAAUAAAAGGAGAAUGCGCGGCGGGGGGAGAAGAAUUUACCAAGCACUGUGGCUCCUCGUAACAUUGUAAAGUUGUUGUUGUUUCGCUGCAACAAGGACCAUGAGCGACAACGACAUUUUGGAGAUGGAUUCUGUGUCCGAGACAGAAGAGAUGGAGGCUGAACUGGGCAUGAUAGAAGAGGACAUGGUUUAUCCUGAGGAGUUUUUACCAACAUAUCAUUCCAUAAAGGAAGGAACGAAUGUAACCAAAACACGACAGGCAGAGUUCAACGACAAGCCCGAGUCCUUGUUCUUCAAUGACGGCGUGAGGAGGAUCGAUUUCAUCCUGGUCUACGAGGAUGAAGACAAGAAGGAGUUUGACAAGAGGCACACGUUCCAGAGACGAAAGAGACGGCGAGAAUACUUUGAGGCCAGCUUGAUGAAGAUGGGAAUGGAGCUGGAGGCCACAAAAUCUGUCAUAGAUGCGAAAUUGAUGUUCGUCAAGAUCCACAUGCCGUGGGACGUGCUGUGCACCUACGCCGAGGUCCUGCACAUCAAGCUCCCCAUCCAGCCCAAUGACCUGGCGUCGCGCCCCUCGCCGUGGCGCUUCUUCACCUUCAUCACAAAGCACUUUUACCCCAGUGAGGAGCUGAUCGGCAAGGAGGCCGAGUUCUUCACCGCCCCCUUCGAGAAAGACCACCUGGAGUUGUUCCACAUCAAGGACAAAGAUAACUUCUUCACUCCGUCCAUGAGGAGCAGGAUGGCAUAUUACAUCCUGAGUCGUGCCCCUUAUGAAAUAAGAGGGAGCGUGAAGAAGUUUGGCAUCACUAAACUGCUGGAUGGUGGAGUUUACAAAGCUGCCUAUCCCCUCCAUGACGGCAGGUUCAACGUCAUGUCCACAGAACCGGGCUCCCUCAACGAGAGAUUUCUGCUCUAUAAUGAAUGGGCUCAUCCCAAAAGCUUCUAUAAGAUGCAGCCACUCGACCUAAUAAGGAAGUAUUAUGGAGAGAAGAUUGGUAUUUACUUUGCCUGGUUGGGUUUCUACACUGUAAUGCUCGCUCUGGCUGCUGUUGUGGGCCUGGGUUGCUUCAUUUAUGGGUUCAAGACUCAAGAAACCAGCACCUGGAGCAAAGAAGUGUGCGACCCUGACAUUGGAGGAAACAUAGUGAUGUGUCCUCAGUGUGACAAGUUCUGCAAUUACUGGAGGUUGAACUCCACAUGUGAGGCGUCAAAAAAACUUUGCAUAUUUGAUAACUUUGGAACGCUGGUGUUCGCAGUUUUCAUGUCUAUCUGGGUGACGUUGUUCCUGGAGUUUUGGAAGCGUUACCAGGCAGAGCUGGAGUACGAGUGGGACACAGUGGAGUUUCUGGAGCAGGAGCAGCCGCCUCGUCCAGAGUACGAGGCCAAAUGUAUCUAUGAGAGGAAAAAUCCCAUCACAGGGGUGAAAGAAAAAGUUCCUUACACAACCUGUGGACGAUGUGUCAGGGUGUCGAUUGGAAUAGGGACCGUCCUGUUCUGGAUUCUCUUGAUUCUGGCAUCCAUCGUGGCCAUCAUUGUCUAUCGCCUGGCCGUCUUCUUUUCCUUCUCAACUCGAUUCAGGAAUCAGGAGCUGAAGGAGCUGGAGCCGCUGAAGGAGUACGUGACGCCGCAGAUGGCCACCGCCGUCACCGCGUCGCUCAUCAGCUUUGUCGUGAUCAUGAUCCUCAACAUGCUUUAUGAGCGCGUCGCCAUCUGGAUCACUGACUUUGAACUCCCGCGGACUAAGACGGACUACGAGAACAGCUUAACCCUGAAGAUGUUCCUCUUUCAGUUUGUAAACUAUUACUCCUCGUGCUUCUACAUCGCCUUCGCUAAAGGGAAAGCAGUCAGUUAUCCAGGGCAGCCCGUUUACCUCUUGGGGAAGUACAGGAACGAGGAGUGUGAUCCCGGUGGUUGUCUGAUCGAGCUGACGACUCAGCUGUCUAUCAUCAUGGGGGGGAAAGCCAUCUGGAACAACAUCCAGGAAGUCUUGCUGCCGUGGGUGAAGAAUUUGAUUUCCCGCUAUUGCACCCGCGUGGCGUCCGAGAAGGUGAUCCCUCGCUGGGAGCAGGACUAUCAGCUGCAGCCCGUUUCAAAACUGGGCCUGUUCUACGAAUAUCUUGAAAUGGUCAUCCAGUUUGGCUUUGUGACCUUGUUCGUGGCCUCCUUCCCGCUAGCUCCAGUCCUCGCGCUGGUCAACAACCUGUUUGAGAUCCGGGUGGAUGCUUGGAAAAUCACCACUCAGUUUCGUCGCGUCCAGCCAGAGAAGGCUCAGGAUAUCGGGGCCUGGCAGCCCAUUCUUCAGGGCAUCGCCAUCUUGGCUGUUGCCACAAAUGCCAUGAUCAUUGCUUUUACAUCAGACAUGAUCCCACGGCUGGUCUACUACUGGUCAUUCUCCGUGUACCCGUAUGGAGAGCACUACAAUAACACCAUGGAGGGCUACAUCAACAGCUCGCUGUCCAUAUUCAGAACCAGUGAUUUCUCCAACUACAGCAGGCCCCUCAUGGAAAGUGCCCCGUCCAUCACAUCCUGCAGGUAUCGAGAUUUCCGUUAUCCUCCAGGACAUCCCAGACAGUAUGAACACAACGUCUACUACUGGCACGUGGUCGCGGCAAAAAUGGCUUUUAUAAUUGUUUUAGAGCACAUCGUUUACCUCACCAAGUUCAUCCUCUCCUACGUGAUCCCGGAUGUCCCGUACGCCGUCAAAGAGCAGAUCAAGCGAGAGAAGUACCUGACCCAGGUUAUACUCCACGAGACCAACCUCAAGCUGGUGACCAAACGCUUGAAACCGGCCGACGACGGCACUCGCAAACGGACAGAAUUGAAAGAUGGGAAAGAAGAACUGGAGCUUGAUUUCUGACAUGACUUCGCGUGACGUCUGUUAAAAUACUGACAAAGCCCCAGUGACAAACUGAACUUCAUUAUGGUAAAUAAAUGUGGAGAUAACGAUAGGACAGAAGAAAAAAUUGAAUGGAGAAACCACUGCUGACUCAUCCCUAAAACCUUGUCCUCAUGCUGUGCACUCCCUCGGUGUGUUUGGCUCAUGUCAAGCCAAUUUCACCCAUGGCACUUGUGAUGUCUGGAAUGUGUUUAAAGCUUAAACAGUGUGGUUGAAAGCUCGGGAAAAGGCAUGUAAGUAGCCUUUCUGUUGGGAUUUUUCUUUUUUUUCUGGAAAAAAAUUUGUUCAUUAAAUCCAAAACAUUCACAAAAAUAUGCAGUAUCUCUGGAAUAUGAGGCCUUAGCACUGACACCCCUGGUGUCUUAAUCCGUCCUUUCUCCAAUUUUCACCCAGUUGCCCUAAAAUAUCAGUAUUAAUCUUUACAAAAUUUAGUAUGUUAAACCUUUGUUAUGUUAAAAAUGUACCUUUUUUUUACACUCCCACCCCUGUAACUUGUGUAAAAUAGUAAUCUGUCAAGACAACUCAAAGAGCCCCAUCUUGGCAAUCCUGGCACAAAGCUACAACAAAGAAAAUGUUGCUGGAAACGGAUGCACAUAUCCUUUUUUCCUGCACACACAUCCUUGAAUGGCACAUCACACCAUGGGCACUGAUGAGUGUGUUGGUCUUAAAAAUGGGGUGUGGUGAGGAGCAUUGUUGGGGCCAUUGUUAUUGUGUUGCAGUGGGAAAUCAUUGUGCUUUUUUUCCUCAGCAGUGAAAUGUCCUGGCCAAUAUCAAGACACUAGAUUACUAAUACAUGUAAGUAGGUUUUAUCACUUUUGCAAAAUGCAAAUGCAGUUCAGUUUCGCCAGUUUCGGACAGAGAAAUGUGAAAAGAGGAAGACCAAGGUCACUGCAGGCUCUACCAAAUGAGCUAUCCAUGGCCCUAGUCUGCAUUUUCAGUGGUUGAGUUGAUGUAAGUGAAGUCCACUGUUAUGUUAUUAUUGUUGCACUUCCAGUCCUGUGUAAGGAUGAACCAUCUGGGGAAAAGAACUAAUUGUGAUUUUUGUGAUCAUGAUUUUAAUUGUGGUAUAAUUAUUUUUAGGUCAACUUCUAGUUCAAUUAUGUACAAAAUGUGAUGGAGCCUAUGUGAUACUAUCAAAAUAUUGACUAUUAUAGUCUAGUUUUAAGAAGGAGAACUUGUAUAUUACAUUUUAUGUAAUUGGCAUAAAACAAAGAACAAUCAAACAUAAAAACAAUUACAUUGCAACCACUGAUUUGUUUAUUGCCUUGUUUCAAAUUGCAAUUUCGUUAUUGUCUUUUUUUUUUUAAACGAUAAAUUGUUCCGUCCAAGUCCUGUGCCACUGACCACUACUCUUUACAUCCUGUGAUACAGUACUUUGGUGGCAUGUCGUGACGUUUACAUGCUACUGCUACCUCUUAGGAACAAGAGUGUUAAAGUACAUUUUACAUUGAAUAGUUUCCGCACACGUUUGUGCUGAUUUAUAAUCAUGUGUGUUAUUCAUAACUUAAUCUCAGAACGGUGUAGAUUGACAAGCACAUCGUGAUGAGAACUAUCGCCUCUACUUCAGCAUCGUUCUAAACCUCGACAGUCUUGUGAAUUGUCAUUGUUUUGUCUAUUUUUAGCUUGAACUGGUCAAGCAAAGUUUGCCCUGCUUGUUGUGACGACAUGCCACUGCAGGAAUUUACUCUUCUCCUGUGUCAUUGCUGAUCUCUAAGAUCAAAACCACUGUUGUAUUAUUCCGUGGCCUUUUGAUUUUGAACAACUGUCUGUACUACAAGAAAGACGUGUAUGUAAGCAGUAUACCAGUAUGCCAUAUGUCUGCUUUUAUUUUGUUGUAUUUUACAGUGUCAUUAAAUUGUUUUUAUAAAAAAAA